AUGGCGCUGGUGGGUGUGUCAUGGAGCGUGGUAAUGCGCUACAAUGAGCGUAUAACGAGCUUCGGGGUCAACAGCACGUCAACAGUUAACCGAGAGCCAGUUGUGCAAUCCCUGCGCAGAAGAAGCCAGCAGAGCCUCGGGCCUUUUCACUGGGCAGCAAAACCAGCUGGAGACUCCACACUUUGUGUUUGUCGUCCUGUAGCCCGGACACUCACAGCCCCUGACGGAGCAGAGCCCCCGGGAGAGGGUAAAACAACAUCUCUUCCCAGCCAGACAGGCUGUCAUUCUGAAUAUGGAAAAGAGCAGAGACACCCUUUGGAACGUUGCAACAACAGAGACAUCUCAAAUCUGCCAAGAUGUUCCCAACCAGAAAAUCAUUUGACUCCUUGGGUCACCUCUUUUCCUCCCACAGACACGGGCACGGAUUUGGUGCCAGAGAAGCUGCCAGACAACCAGACGGGGAAGGAAUGCAAGACUGGUGUUGGUUUGCAAAGGGACAAGGAUGACAUUCUUCUGUGUGAAGAAGUGGAGGAACAAGAUCUGUCAGCUGAAGAAAGAACAUUUUUGGAAGAGUUUCUCAUCUUGAAGGAGGAGCUAGAAGAAUACAUCAGGAAGUUACAUGCCCUUGCAGACCACAUCGACAAAACCCAUGAAACACUCACCAAGGCCAGCAUGGGGACCAACUCCGUGGCCGUCAUUUCAGGAGCCCUGACCUUCCUGGGCUUAGCUCUUGCCCCAGCAACAGCAGGAGGAAGCGUGGUGCUCUCCACUAUUGGUACAGGUUUGGGGACAGCAGCUGGGGUCACCACCGCCUUGACCAACUUUUGGGAACAAGAUCACAAUCAAAAAGCCCAAGAUCAGGCUAGCAGCCUAGGGCCAACACAAGACCAACAGGUCGAGGAAGCUGGGGGAGAUGGUCAGAAGCCAUCCUACUUCAAGCUUGUCGGCAAGAUUGCCUAUUGUUUUGGAAGUGCCAUCAGGAAUAUUAAGAAGCACAUCCAUGACUUUAAGACAGCCAGAGUCCAGCCACACCUAGCCCCUGCUGCCAAGGCUCUCCUGACCACUGGCCAAGUCUCGGCCCAAAGGAGCAGGCAGGUGCAAAACGCCUUUGUGGGUACAAUACGAGCGGUGACCAGAAAUGCUCACUUGCUGAGUAGUGCGGUGACUGGCCUCUACCUCGGGAAGGACUUGGCCGCCCUCCUGAAGGUCUGGAAGCAACUGAAGGAGGGAGCAAAGUCAGAGUUUGCAAAAGAGCUGAGGGCCAAGGCUGGGGAGCAGGAAAAGAAGCUGACAGAACUCACGCAGUGCCAUGAGAGCCUGCAGCAGAAGAAACUCUUGCAAGAAAAAAGGCUUAUGAGCUCCUCUUCGGAGGGAGCCGUGGAAACUCUGCCCCAGCCCCCAGACAGGCGUGCGGAAGCAGGAUCCCAAGAGGCAGGAAAGAACAACACAACUGAGCCCAGGGACCUCUGAGCGAAAUAA